CCCUAGGCAUUAUUUCGGCCUAGCUACCAAAGGAGGAGGAAGAAAAAGCUCUCCAACCCUUCUCCAUUGCUGCAACUCGAGCUCAAGCAAGAGAGGUCCAAGGAGUGGGAUUAAAGAAGGAAAAAGGCUAGGAAAAGUGUGUAAAUUAAGGAACUUGUGAAAGGUAUUUCAAGUGAUUUCACAAAGUUGGAAAAGUCGCCGGAGUUGUCGCCGGAGUUGACCAAGUCGCCGGAGUUUCACCGGAGUUCAACCAAGAAGGGUAGAACUUCUUAACGCUAGUUCAAGGUUGAAGCUAGGGCUUGCUACUUGCACCUUCUCACGGGUGAUAUCAAAUCAGGAAGACGUGAAAUGGAGGGCAGGCGAAUGAGGACCAGGAACAAUCCGAGGGGGCAGGCGCCGGUAGCAUCCCAAAGGGGAAGCCGGGCUGCAUCUCGGGGUUCGAGAGGAGGCCGUGGAGGCCGUGGAAGCCGUGGAGGUCAUCAAGCUCAAACUGUGAGUGAUGGCCAUGUGAGCUCGGUGUAUGAGACCAACACCGAAGACUACGACUCAACCUACGUGCCAGAGACGGAGCAUGAAGAGACCCCGUAUGAUGGGGGUGACACGUACACCGAUGAUGAUGAUGAAGAGAGUGAUGCCAAGUUCGCCCAAAUGGGCGAAUUGCUUGAAUGGUAUCAAAAAGAAAAAUUGAGGAGGGACCUUAGGCGCCAAGCGAGGCGUGGCUCUCGCGGUGGUUCGGGUCAAGGAAGCCGGGGAGCUUCCGUGGCCACCCCAGCGGCGUCACAAGGUGGGCGUGAAGGAGGUUUUGUCGUGAGAAUCUCCAAGUACCUCAAGGAGGCUAGGGCCUUGGGGUGUAGGUCCUUUGACGGCACCGGUGACAUUACCGUUGCCGCAGAUUGGAUUAAGAAGGUGAAGGAUGCAUCAAGAGACAUGCAAAUCACACCGGACGUGAAGUUGACUGUCGCUUCACGGUUACUUGAAGGGAUAGCCUCUACGUGGUGGGAGAGCGUGGAAGGGAAGUACCAUGGGGAAAUAACAUGGGCGGACUUUGAGCUAGAGUUCUAUGCUCAAUACUACUCCGAGUACGAGGUGAAUGUGAAACGGAGAGAAUACACUAACCUUAAACAGAAAGAGGGCGGCACAGUUAAGCAGCUGGAACAAGAGUUUAGAACCUUGGCUAGGUUCUUACCAGAGUACGCGGUUGAUGAGAACCGUAUGACGGAGCACUUUUGGGAUGCCUUACUCUUGGACAUCCGUGAUCGGGCUACGUACUCGCGCCACAUGACCUUUAGUGAGGUGGUGGAGCAGGGCCUUCUUGGGAAGGCCCAAUGGAAUGAAAGAAAAGAGAGGGACGCCGAAGAGGCGAAAAAGAGGAAAUGGCAUGGUUCGGGGCCGCCCGAGCAGGCACGGAGGGAUAAACACGGCGGAGGUGGCGGUUCGUUCAAGACUCCGGCACCACCGGCAAAGAAGAACAGGGAUGCUCGGUGGCAUGUAUCCUCCUCCCAAAAGACGGGGCCUCCAAAGUGUGCCAAUUGUUCGAAAAAUCACUUUGGGAAGUGCAAUGCACCCCCGAGGUGUUAUCAAUGUGGGAACACGGGCCACAUGAAGGCCAAUUGCCCACAACUGGGGGGCGGAGGAGCUCCGGGAUCCGGAGGGGGAACCAUGACGGGGAGAAACCGCGCGGGCCCGUCAAACGGCGGUACGGGAAGAGGCGGCGCGUCCACAAGUCAUGCCGCAUCCGUAAACCAAGGCGGGACCCAAGCACGAGUCUACGCGAUGACCGAGGCGGAUGCGAGAGCAAAUCCGGACUCCGUUGCAGGUAAUACGCGUAUUCCCAUGUAUUUCUAGGCUUGCUUUGAUCAUAUACGUCGUUGGGAUUGAGUGUGGGCCACCUCGGGGUCGAACCGGGUGAGUUAGGCCGAAUCUGGCUGGAAACAGCCACUGCCGGCCAGGCACGCCCUCAGGCACGCCGUGCCUGGAAUCGUGCCUGGAAGGCAGUGGCACCCGAAGAGAAAAAGGGAAGAAAAAAAAAAAAAAAAAAAAAAAAAAAAAAAAAAUUGGGCCAGGCACGGCCGCAGGCACGCCGUGCCUGGCGUCGUGCCUGGAAGGCAGGCUCACCCCGAAGGAAUUCGGCCAGGCACGGCCGCAGGCACGCCGUGCCUGGCACCGUGCCUGGGAGGCAGUGUUGAGCAGGAAGGGUCCGAUGCACGCACGGCCGUGCGUGCCACCCAGGCACGCCGUGCGUGGACCCCAGAACCCGGAAAUCGGAUUUUUCCGCCCCGUUCUUCUACGUUUGGAUCCCCGUUUGAUUCCAAACAUUAGUAUGAACCUAAUAACCUCCUAAAGAUGUGUAAAAACAUUAGAAAAGGUAUCUUACAUGGUGUAUAAAUGUAGGAACAUUAAAGAUCAAUGGUAGGUGUGCGAGGAUCCUCAUCGAUACCGGGGCACAACGCUCAUUUGUGAGUGAGGCGUUUGCCGAGGGGCUCGACGUGCCAUUGACGCCCAUGACACAAACAUUGCUAGUCUCCACACCGUUAGGAGACGACGUGGAGAGAAAUCAUUACUAUCCAUCAUGUGAGGUGGAAGUGACGGGUCAACCCUUGACUUGUGAUUUCGUACCUCUAAGCAUGUUGGAGUUCGAUGCAAUCCUAGGAAUGGAUUGGCUUGAGAAGCACCAUGCUCGAGUUGAUUGCUACACCAAGGUGUUGGAGCUCGAGGAUGAUCUAGGAAACACGUUAUGUUUCGAAGGAGAUCGGGGGAAAUCUAGUGCUUGUAUCAUAUCCGUGAUGAGAGCACGGAAGAUGAUGAGGAAGGGAUGCCACGCGUACCUUGCCUACGUGGUGGACGAUACCAAGAAGGAAGUCGACAUCAAAGACGUACGGGUCGUGUGCAAGUACCCGGAUGUCUUUCCCAAAGACCUACCGGGGCUUCCACCCGAUAGAGAGAUCGAAUUUGUAAUUGAAGUGGAGCCGGGAACCAAACCCAUUUCGAUUCCUCCUUAUCGAAUGGCACCGGCCGAACUUCAAGAGUUGAAGGUCCAACUACAAGAACUACUGGACAACGGGUUCAUCAGACCCAGUCAUUCACCGUGGGGGGCACCCGUACUCUUCGUGAAGAAGAAGGAUGGUACACUAAGAAUGUGUAUUGACUACCGACAAUUGAACAAGGUCACAAUCAAGAACAGGUAUCCCUUACCGAGGAUUGAUGACUUGUUUGACCAACUUCGAGGGGCAAUAGUGUUCUCGAAGAUUGAUUUGAGGUCGGGGUAUCAUCAGUUGAAGAUCAAGGAGAGCGACAUACCUAAGAGUGCAUUCCGCACUAGGUAUGGUCAUUACGAGUUCCUUGUAAUGUCAUUUGGUUUAACCAACGCACCGGCGGCAUUCAUGGACUUGAUGAACCGGGUGUUUAGUGAAUACUUAGAUCAAUUUGUGAUAGUAUUCAUUGAUGAUAUCUUGAUAUACUCCAAGAGUGAGGAGGAGCACGAGCACCAUUUGGGGCUUAUACUUGAUCGGCUAAGGGAAAAGCAACUCUUUGCCAAGUUCUCUAAAUGCGAAUUUUGGCUCAAGGAGAUUGGUUUUCUCGGUCACGUCAUAUCCGGUUCGGGCGUAGCUGUGGAUAACGCAAAGAUAAAAGCUAUCAUGGAUUGGGAGAGACCCAAGAAUGUGAAAGAGAUACGUAGUUUCCUUGGCUUAGCGGGAUACUAUCGUAAAUUUGUUGAAAAAUUCUCCGUAUUGGCGUCUCCAUUAACGAAGCUCACAAAGAAAGGGGCCAAGUUCAUAUGGGACGACAAGUGUGAGAAAGGGUUCCUUGAACUGAAGAAACGACUUACCGAAGCACCAGUCCUUGCCCUACCCAUACAGGGGAUAGGGUAUGACAUUUACAGCGAUGCUAGCAUCCAAGGGCUUGGAUGUGUACUAAUGCAAAACGGUAAGGUGAUUGCCUAUGCUUCUAGGCAAUUGAGAAAACACGAGGUGAACUACCCUACUCACGAUCUAGAGUUGGGGGCGGUAGUGUUUGCAUUGAAGAUUUGGAGGCAUUAUCUCUACGGGGAAACGUGUCACAUUUAUACCGAUCAUAAGAGCUUGAAGUAUGUAUUCACUCAAAAGGAGUUGAAUAUGAGACAAAGGAGAUGGAUGGAGUUGAUCAAGGACUAUGACUUGAUCAUCGACUAUCAUCCCGGAAAGGCCAACGUAGUGGCCGACGCACUGAGCAGGAAGAGUACGUCAGGGACGUUACUUACUUGUCUGCAGGCAUUGAGGGCACGCGUGGAGGUGUCCACGUGCGGGGCUCUCAUUGCUCAAUUUGAGGUUAGGCCCACCCUAUUGGGCGAGAUUAGUCGAAGUCAGGCCAUGGAUGAGGAAUGUCAGAAGAUCCGUGAAAGGAUCCUUGCGGGGCCCGUUGAGAAUUUCCGAGUACGUGAUGACGGUCUGUUAUUGUUUAAGGAUCGUGUGUGCAUACCAAGGAAUGAGGAACUCCAGAAAUCUAUACUUGAGGAGGCUCAUUCUUCGGCUUAUGCUAUGCAUCCAGGAGGUACUAAGAUGUACCGAGAUCUGAAGGAAAGUUACUGGUGGUCAGGUAUGAAGAGAGACAUCGCCGAGUAUGUGAGUCGAUGCCUUACUUGCCAACAAGUUAAGGCAGAACAUCAGCACCCGGCAGGGCUCUUGCAGCCACUCACCAUCCCAGAGUGGAAGUGGGAGCACGUGACCAUGGACUUCGUGGUGGGGCUACCACGAACGGUGAACAACUAUGAUGCAGUUUGGGUAGUGGUUGAUAGGCUCACCAAGAGUGCACACUUUUUGCCUAUCAACAUUACUUAUCCUCUUGAAAGAUUGGCCAAGCUAUACACGGAGGAGAUUGUGAGAUUACAUGGAGUCCCAAUAUCCAUUGUCUCGGAUAGGGAUCCACGAUUCACAUCCCGAUUUUGGCCAAAGUUUCAGGCAUCUUUGGGAACUAAACUGAAGUUUAGCACCGCUUUUCACCCACAGACGGAUGGGCAGUCCGAACGGGUGAUACAGAUUUUGGAAGACAUGCUUAGGGCAUGUGCACUGGAGUUCCAAGGAAGUUGGGACAAACAUUUGGCCCUGGUGGAGUUUGCUUAUAACAACAGUUAUCAAGCAAGUAUUGGCAUGCCUCCGUAUGAGGCAUUGUAUGGGAGGAAAUGCAGGACACCGUUGUGUUGGGACGAGGUUGGCGAGGCCAAACUCGAAGGAAUAGAGCUGGUUGAGAUCACCAAGGCCAAGGUAAGGAUCAUUCGGGAUAGAUUGAAGGCUGCUCAGGACCGACAGAAGAGUUAUGCUGAUAAACGGCGGAGACCGUUGGAGUUCGAAGUCGGUGAUGAGGUCUUCCUAAGGAUUUCUCCUUGGAAGGGCAUCAUCCGAUUCGUAUCGAGGGGGAAGCUUAACCCCCGAUACAUAGGUCCGUUUGAGAUCCUUGAAAGGAUCGGGGCCGUGGCUUACCGACUCAAGUUGACGCCUGAACUUGAGAAGAUACAUGACGUGUUUCAUGUAUCAAUGCUCAAGAAGUACAUACGAGACCCAUCUCAUAUUCUUGAGAAACCACCGGUAGAGAUCCGUGAGGACUUGCAAUAUGCGGUGGUACCAGUGAAGAUUGUUGGUCAACGAGUGAAGAAGCUUAGGAAUAAGGAGAUUCCUAUGGUAAAGGUUCUUUGGAGGAGUGAUCGAGUCGAAGAAGAAACUUGGGAGACCGAGGUCUCAAUGAGGGAGCAAUACCCAUUUCUUUUCGAUUAGAUACUUGGAUUUCGGGGACGAAAUCCCAAAUAAGGGGGGGUGAACUUGUAACACCGUCCCCAAAUAUAUUUACUUUUAUGUAAAUAAUGUAUUGAACCUUAUUAAAGGAUUAAUGAAUUUACGAAGUUGUAAAUUUUUAUUAUUUCUUUCGCGUGAAUAGUAAAUUGCACGUGGGACCCACACCGGGAGCGGGGGCCGCCCGAUAUCCCCGAGAUCACAUAAAUUAUCAUUAUGGGUCGAAAUAAUAUUUAUAUGGUGGUGGACAUCUUAUUUGGGCCAUGGGAAGACCUGGGGUUGACCGAUUGGUCAAAAGAAGCCCAAUUACCGGUACCGACAAUUAAACAGAUAACAGCCCGAAAAUGAAUUUCGGAGACUUCCAAAUUUUAGUUUUGGAAUAUAUAUUAUUUCAAAGGGGAGUUAUGAUGGGGAACACAUAAUAUAUUUUAUUUUACCCGAUAAAAUAAAUUAUGAUUAAAACAGUCCGAAAAAUACAACUUUCGGGACCGAUUGUACACACCGGGACACAAAGGGAUGACCUCCCACAUGAGUGGGGGCCACCCCACGUUUUUUUGUGCUGUAACAACAAGGAAGGGCCUAGGUUGACAAAGGAUUGAGUGGAGGAAGGUGCAAGGGGGCCCUUUGACCUCACUCAUUUGCCAAAGGAGACAAAAAGGACACCCCAACCUCUCCCCUAGGCAUUAUUUCGGCCUAGCUACCAAAGGAGGAGGAAGAAAAAGCUCUCCAACCCUUCUCCAUUGCUGCAACUCGAGCUCAAGCAAGAGAGGUCCAAGGAGUGGGAUUAAAGAAGGAAAAAGGCUAGGAAAAGUGUGUAAAUUAAGGAACUUGUGAAAGGUAUUUCAAGUGAUUUCACAAAGUUGGAAAAGUCGCCGGAGUUGUCGCCGGAGUUGACCAAGUCGCCGGAGUUUCACCGGAGUUCAACCAAGAAGGGUAGAACUUCUUAACGCUAGUUCAAGGUUGAAGCUAGGGCUUGCUACUUGCACCUUCUCACGGGUGAUAUCAAAUCAGGAAGACGUGGUUCGUGCUUCCUUAUUUUCUUUCAAACUACCGAACACUUGCUCAUGGAUAUUUGUUCUACUAUAACUAUUUUUGGGGCUUGCAUGCCCAUGUUGUUGGCCGGUUGUGGCUUAUGACUUACCGUUGAAUAUUUCCGCUAUUCAUUGGUUUAAAUGUGAUGUUGUUAUGUAUGUUUACUACUGAGUAUGGAUGGAUUGUUUUCUCGAACGCCUUGUGUAAUUAAGUGGGGUUGACUCGCGGGUGACGUCACUUAAUUAUACGGCGGUUGUACACGCGCUUGGAUUGCGGUCUGGGGCGUGACAGCGUGAGGAGUUCCAAACUUUGUAUGCUUCUCUUACAGAUGAACAAAAAGGCAUAUUUGACACAAUAAUGGAAGCUGUGACUAACCAAAAAGGCGGGGUAUACUUUUUAUAUGGUUAUGGUGGUACAGGGAAAACCUUUAUGUGGAGGACAUUAGCUUCUGCCUUACGUUCUCAGCGUCAUAUUGUUUUAACUGUUGCAUCCAGUGGUAUUGCUUCUCUACUCUUACCUGGCGGUAGAACUGCACACUCUAAAUUUUCAAUCCCAGUUCCGACUCUAGAGAACUCUACAUGCAAUAUACAUCAAGGGAGUGAACUUGCAGAGCUUUUAAAACAGACUAAGUUGAUAAUUUGGGAUGAAGCAACAAUGGCUAAUAGAUUUUGUUUUGAAGCACUAGACAGAAGCCUAAAUGACAUCAUCAGCAAUGAUGGUGAUUCUAUUUCACCAUUCGGAGGAAGAGUGAUUGUCUUUGGAGGAGACUUCAGACAAACUUUACCAGUUAUUCCUGGAGGAAGCCGUUCAGACAUUGUUAAUGCUACAAUCAAUUCUUCAUAUCUAUGGGAUGACUGUCAGGUAUUGUCUCUUACUAAAAAUAUGCGACUCCAAAAAAAUUUGGAUAUGACAAGUGCUACUGAGCUCAAAGAAUUUUCAAAAUGGAUAUUGGAUGUGGGAGAUGGAAAAAUAUCAGAGCCAAACGAUGGUUAUGCAGAAAUAAAGAUUCCAGAUGAAUUCUUGAUUAAAGAAUUUGAUGAUCCAAUAGAUGCAAUAGUCCGUAGCACAUAUCCGAACUUGCUGGAGCAAUACAAAAAUGAGGAAUUUCUUAAGUCUAGAGCUGUCUUGGCAUCAACUAUUGAAAUUGUCGAUAAAAUUAACGACUAUGUUCUUUCAACGCUCCCAGGUGAAGAAAGAGAAUAUUUAAGUUGCGAUUCUGUAGACAAGUCGGAUGUAGUUGAAGCAGAAGCAUUUGAAGCGUUGACACCAGAGUUUCUCAAUUCCUUGAGAACAUCAGGUCUCCCAAAUCACAACAUACGACUUAAGGUUGGAACUCCAGUAAUGUUGCUAAGAAAUAUAGACCAGUCAGAAGGACUAUGUAAUGGAACUAGAUUGAUUGUCACAAGACUGGGAAAUCAUGUCAUUGGAGCAAGAAUCAUGUCUGAAGGCAAUGAUGGAGAUGAGAUUUACAUACCUCGAAUGUGUAUGUCUCCUUCUCAAUCACCAUGGCCUUUUAAACUUAUAAGAAGACAAUUUCCUAUAAUGGUCUCAUAUGCGAUGACAAUCAAUAAAUCUCAAGGACAGUCACUGGAAAGAGUUGGAUUAUACUUGCCAAGACCUGUUUUUAGUCAUGGACAAUUGUAUGUGGCAUUGUCAAGAGUUCAGAGCAAACAUGGAUUGAAGAUUUUAAUACAUGAUAGGGAUGGAAAAUCAUUAGACACUACUACGAAUGUUGUAUUCAAAGAGGUUUUCCAAAAUCUUUAACACG